AUGUCCUCUGGGUGCAGAUCGAUCUCUCAAUGGUCGCCCCGUCUGCGACUACACAGCCAUGUCUGCCGCCGCAUUAAUCAACCGCUUUCCUCGCGCUUCGUCCUUCCUUUUCCAAUCACCACCACCACAACAAUCGAUUCAUGCACAGUGAGGCACUAUGCAUCGAAGAAGCCCCGACCUGCUCCAACCAGGGCACCAGCGGUCUCUCAUCGUAAAUUCGAAGCGGAUACGGAAGAAGGCAGGCAAAGGAUAGAAAGAGCACAUCGGGUCUUGCUCACCGAAUCGGAUACCAUCUACAAAACCGCUAUACAGCACGGCGUGAUUGAAAAGAAGUUGACGCAGGAUACUUUUGAAGAUAUCGCGCGGCGGUUAAUCGAUGUAUCGGGGAGAGACUAUGCUGAUGCUGUCUCCUUGAGGAACGUAUACAAAGGUGAUCCCAAUACAGUCCUUGCCGUGGCUUCGGCGCUGAACAGGUGGAUUCCGUGGUAUCCCUUUCUCUAUCGUUGGGCUGCGCAAUCGACAGCGGAUGCCGGAGCCACGAUUUCAGUGGUGUUGUAUGUUAAAAAUGAACUCAAGAAGCCAUUUACCACCUACCAAACAAGGGAAUUCAAGCAGCUCGAGGUUUUGGCCAACAGGGGCAUUCCACUCGCAAUGCGAGUGCAAGCCGAUGUCUAUUGGGAUCAAAAGAGAUACGAAAAGGCCAUCGAGUUGCUGAAACAACUUGACAGUCGUACAUAUCCCUCAAAUACUGCUGUCGGACACAAGGACGAUAUAACCAUGCAAGGUGACGUUACUGCGCCCUGGAAUCGUCUCGCCGAAUUCUACAUUCACCUUGAUUUACAAGACAAGGCCAACGCCAUGAUGAAAACCGGCGCUCUCGAUUACCAAGACCCUGACGCCCUGAUGGCAUACGCAUUUCUAAUGAAAGCGCAAGAAGAUUGGGAAUCAUAUGAGCAAUGUGUCUCCAUCGCUGCCACAGCAGGAAAUGGGGAAGCCUGUUGGCGACUUGGCAAUUUCUACUACCAAAUAUUCCAAGGCAGGAUUCCUUCGGCAGACGCACUGCCCCAGAACACCUCCUGGUUUCAUUCCUUUUUCCACGGAUUGCUUGGUAAAUCUCGCACCCUGCAAGAGUUUCGGAAGCUAGCUAUAGAUUGGUACGAACUGGCCCUACUACAUGGCGAUAAAAAGGCAACCAGGAAUUACGUGAUCCUUUGCCGCGAGGACGGCCGCAUACAAAACGCCCUGGAAGCUCUCCACUCACUUGAGAAAAGUCAAGAGGACUGGAAUAGCCCGAACAUUAUCAAGUUACGGGCGAGGUUCGAUGAUGCGAAUUUCCAACCCAAGAUACCACAAUCCUGGCUUGAGUUAUGA